AUGAAAAUAGGAAUAUUAGGAAGCGGCGUAAUCGGACUGACUACAGCACUUGAGUUGCAAAAGGAGUAUCCAAAUGCCACAAUUUCGAUUGUUGCUGAUCGAUUUUACAAGGACACAGUCAGUUAUGUUGCAGCUGGAAUUUUCAGACCAGGAACUGCAUUUUCAGGACCUACCGAAGAGAUAACAAAGAAAUGGGUCGCAGAUUCAUUCGAGCACUGGGAUGAGAUAAGGAAAACAGCGGAAGCUAGUAAGGCAGGCAUAACGGAACUGUCAGGAUACAUAUUCUCAUCAAUAUCGGAAUCUAUCACACGCAAUCCACUAAUUGAAGAUGUUUUGCCUGUUUAUCGCCGUGCAACAGAAGAGGAAUUGAAAAUAUGCCCUGGAGACUGGAAAUAUGGAAGCUUCUUCUCAACUCUUGUCACUGAAUGUGGUUUAUACCUGCCUUGGGCCACUCAAAAAUUCUUAAAUGCUGGCGGCAUGGUCUUUAACAAGAAAGUCAAUACAUUUGGGGAUAUUUACGGUGAUCAUGACAUUGUCAUCAAUUGUACAGGAAUGAAUGCUAAGGAAUUAUGCAAUGAUCGUAAACUAGUCCCAGUUAGAGGUCAAAUUUUAAAAGUUGAUGCUCCUUGGCUUAAAAUGGCUUAUUAUGCUGACUAUGAUACUUACAUUGUUCCUGGAUUCAGUGCAGUUACAUGCGGUGGUUGUAGAAACUUUGAAAGUUGGGACAUGAAAGUAAGUCCACAUGACACAGCAGCAAUUAAAGAACGAUGUGAAGCUUUAGUUCCUGGUCUUAAAACAGCGCCAUUAAAGGAGAUUAGAGUUGGUCUUCGACCACAUCGUGAUCCAUGUCGCGUAGAAACUGAAUUUAUUGAUAUCCCAAAUCGAGGCAUCAUGAGAAUUGUCCAUCAAUAUGGUCAUGGUGGAUAUGGAGUCACAUGUGCUCCUGGAACUGCAAAACAUGCUGUUAAAUUGGUACGUGAUGUAUGGACUGGAUACAGCAAAUUGUAA